CACUCGACUAGAACGCUUGAACUCACAGCUAGCGGACACGCAUACUAUUCCGCUCACUUUUCCCUCAAAAGGGCAAUUUCAAUAUUUUAGCUAAUUUCCUUUUCCAUUUGCAGUACAAAAAUUCUUUUUGAAUUUCAUUGGCUCAGGCAGCUUUGCGUCUGUGGAACACACCAACAACUGAGAGCAAGGAACCGAAACAGAAAGGAACUGCAUUGGAAAGCAAGCAAACUGAAGCCGCAGUUAACGGGAGACGAACGAACGAAGCGGACGACGGAUUUUUUUAAACGAACAGAUAAAAAUAUCAAAAAUUGAUAAUGAAUGAAUUCGAUGGUAAGAAAUUCUAUGGAUUCUCGCUGCAUGAUGAUCCCGUCUUGAGUACAACGACGAGGAAUUUUGAAUUUAAGUACACGCGCCCCGAGCAUUUGGAACGCCUCAUACAGAAGGUACAGCAGACCGAUCCGGAGCAUGAGCGUAAUCGCAAAAAGGAAAUCUUGAAUCGACUAUGUAAAACGAAGAAGAUGCCGCACACCAACGAUAUGACCACAGCCUACCAACGCGAUGCAGAUAUCGAGACACACGUAUCACGCGGAGAUGGCGGCGGACGCGUACGCAAUUUGAGUGAUACGGAAAUCAAUCAGCUGAUCGGCAAAGUGAAGAGCUACGGCGACUUGCGUAAACAAAACUCAACUGACACUUAUGCCAAGGCAAAAGACACCACAAAAUCCAUGCAGACACCAAUGACAUUGAGAGGUAUAUUACGCACUUCGGCGCACGAUUUCCCAAGUGGCAGCGGAACAGUCGACUCACGGCAGUCGCCACGGCAACUCUUUCACCCAUACGAAUAUGGUGACGAUAAUUGUGCUGGCGAUGGUGAUUUAUACGGUUCGGAACCGACUUCAGAAGAUCAAAUACUCUGCAAUCCCUUCGACUUACCGCACGAACCGCUCUACGAAACGCAUACCAUACAUCUGCCACACAUGCGUGGACGUGAACUGCAUAGCGGUAUGUGUAAGCUGCCCGAUGUGCCGGAGGAAGAUGAGUUGUUCGCAUCGAAAACUGUAAUGCCGACGGUGAUUGAGGAGUUCCGCCAACCGCUAGCAAAAUGGGUGGAAAUCUGCGCGGAGCCCGCAAUGGAGAAAGCGCAAUCGGCUGAAAUCAAGUUCGCCGAGUACUCCGAGAAGUCCGAACGUUUGCCAACGAAUGUCACCUACACGAUGCAUUCUCAUGAAUUGAAAUUGCCCAUGCAGAUCAGUACACCGGAAAUGAUGUUGAAGAAUAUGUCACCACCACCGAGUUUGCCGAACAUGGCGCUCACCUAUGCGUUGAAUAGUUACGACGAUAAUCCAUCGACCUACGAAAUAGAGGAUAGUGAUCUGGAGUAUGAGCUGUUGGAACGUGAGCAGUACACAAAGUAUUGCGGUGCGCGUCCUAAAACUGAGGAGUUGACGAAUAAUUCGAAUGGCAGUGGAGGCCUGGCGGAGUUUGUCGAGCUCGAAUCGGAAAUACCAAAUAUGAACUUGAGCUUCUUGAAGAAUGUCUCACCAUUAAGAUACUCUGAUUUGACCGACGAUCGCGAGGAGGAUAAAAGAGUGGCCUUGAAACAAAAUCAAAUGAAAUUGGUUAUCAAAAAUCGCAAUACAAAAUCUCUCUCGCCAACAUUAGAGAAGGAUGCAUCUAUCGCAAGUAAGGAUUCCAAGAAAAAGUCCACCAAACCGAAGAAAAAACCAGCUGAAGAAACUAAAACCAGUCCACGCAAAAAAACAACAGCACGCAGUCUGGAUACCUCAUCGCCGGCUGAUAAGUCGUCGCUUGGCACACCACGUUCAGGAGGCAAGCGUUCAUCAACAACCACACCUAGACAAAAUAAGGAGCGUAAUCAACAGCUGAGUCAAAUCAGUUCGAACGAGUUGCGUUCCAUGAAGAACAUCGUUUUAACUAAGUCCAUUGAGGAUCUGAAAAUUGAGAAGAUGACGAUUUUUGCUAAAAUGACCAGCACACAGGAACGUAUUAUCGAAAUCCUCGAUAAAUUGCGCAUAAGCUUACUGGAGCUCUACGUGCCAGAUAGUCAUUAUGAAAAGACCAGACGUCAGAAGAACGCAUUCGAAUUCUCUGUGAGAUUCUCGCGUAAUUUUCUAUAUCCCUUAAAGGGCAUGAUCGAAGACCUGCGUGUCGUUUCGGUGGAACAACUCUGCAGUGCCUCCUCCAAUGAGGCCACCCAGCGUGUGCUCAACAUAUUUACGCUAAUUCACCAAUCACUGCAGACUUACUACAAACAACUGCGUUACUUUCUGCUCGAUCAGGUGCCACAGAAGCUGAACACGCUGAUUGAGUUGGCCAGCACCACUGUGAGCAUUUGUUUGGAGAAACAAAUUUUCGAUCGCAAUGACGCGAUUAUCGAGUGUCUACAAGAGCGUUGCGCCAAAUUUCUGGGCUUCUUGGAGGAUAUGCAUGAGGAGCGUUUUCUAACGGCACGCGAUAAUUAUCGUAAAGCAAGUUUCGACAAGACUGCUUCCAAUUACAGCUUGAAAAUGUUCAUGAACGAUCUGAAUAUGUACGAACCGAAGUUGGUGCCGAAGAAUCACUACAAUCACCGACGUAAGCCAAAGUUGCGUCGUGUACUAAAACCGAGCACAACAACAACGAAAAUGAAGACGAACACCGAAGCGGGGCCCACACCGCAAACCUCACAAAUGGUGAUCACAAAACCGGAUGGAGAUCAAAUUUCCACGCAUAUCAACGAUUUGGCAAGGAGCUCGGGUCUAUUCCAGAGUGCACAGAAUAUCGCUGUAGAUCCAGUUGCACCACCCGCCGAACCGAGCAUGAACUCCGAGGAGAUACCCACACUUAACAAGGCCCUCAUUGAGGCAUUACAAACUGUCACCAAAGAGCAGAUGCGUCAGGUGCUGCAACCCAUAAUGCAAACGCUUGGUUCGGUGAUUGAGAAAAAGAAUGCUACUAAAACAAUUGAAGAACUACUCAAUGCUUUCAGCAGUAAUUUAAUUUCAAUGGCAGAAGGUGAGAAUCCGACGAGAGUAGUACAACCGGAAAAAUGCAAUGGCAAUGGCGAACGGGUGCGUGCUGGCGCCGAAGAGUUGAAAGCGUCAAAGCAAACUGAACGGCAGCGUAACCGGCAUCGCCAGUCGAACUGUGAAUCGACCAAACGCAACGAAGCUGCCGCAUUCUUCGGCGGCACAGACACAGCGAACGCCUCGGAGACGGCAAUCGGUGAGCUUAGCGCCGAUGAUAAUGACGAUGAUAAUUACUAUGAUGAUGAUGGGUAUGAGAAUGACGACGCUAAUGGCAACGAUAUCGAUGAAGAUGAUGAUGAAGGCGAUGGCGAUGAUGGUGAUGGGGAUGAUGAUGAUGACCGAGUCGGAGACGCACCGACCGAACCGGCUGACCCCAGCGAGGCAACCGAAUGUAGCGAACCCAAUGAGGCCGGCGAUAGCGCGGUGCGUUACUUCCGCGAUGGUUACGCCGGCAAGAAGAAGAAGAAGAACAGCAACAUCAACAACAACGACAACAAUAUUAAAAUGAAUGGCAGCAAAAUUCUUGUGUUCGACAACUUCAAGUUGAACGUGAACGGUGAUGGUGAAGGAGGUGAUGGCGAUGGCGAUGGUGACGGUGUUGAUAGAGCCAGCGAGAGCGGUUCGGAUUUCGCGAGUUUUGAUGGCAAUUCGAGUAGUUUUGACGUUGUGAUUGCCAUGAAGCCGGACAAGAAUAAGGUGAAUGAGCAGCAACAGCAACAACAACAACAGCAGCAACAGUCGCAACAACCAAAUCAGCACAACAACAAGAAAGAGCAGCAACAACACAAGACCGAACAGCAGCAGAUGGAAAAACUUGAACAGCAACAACGACAACAACAGCAACAGCAGAAAAUGCAUAACCAGCCGCUCAAGCUCAGCAAACAGCAACAACAACAACAUUUGCAACAACUACAAAUGAAGCAGCAACCUGAGCGCCAGCAACAGAAAGCUUUGCGCGAACGCACCGAAAAUUACGAUACACACAUACAACAACAGCAACAACUGUUGUUGCAACAAGCAUAUGAAGAGCAAUUGUUGCACAGCCAACAGCUAGCCAAGCGCUACGAUUCCAAAACGAUCAAUAGUAAACCCUCAGCCGAGCAAAUUUUAAAGCAAUCCAACAAUUUACAAAAACAACUGAAACAACAGUUGGAGGAGCAUCAGCGUUGCAUUAUCGAGCAGCAGCAACAACAGCAAUUGCAUCAACAAGAAUUGCAGCAGCAAAGAAAACUCGAUCGCAAGGACGAACUGAAGCUGCAGGAAAAACAAAAGCAACAUCAACCACUACAACCGAAACAACCAUCAGCAAAACCCUUGACGCGCAAGCAAUUGCAAGCACAGUCGCAACAUCAAGCGCGCAGCGCAUUGUCAUCGCGUCACACCUCACGCGCCAGCACUUCGCGCCUGCCCUCUUCACGCGUCUCACCGCUGCGUAGCACUAGCCGCGGUCUUCUCUCCACACGCGCCAAGAGUCUAUCCAGCUGUCGCGCAGACUUGCACGCCGAUAAGUCUAAAUUGCUGAAGAAACGUCGCAAUCCCUUGAACUCGCCACCGCCGGCACCAUCGGCCACGCCCACCAAUUCGGCACGCACUCCGCGUAGCGCACGUGCCAGCAACGCGGGCUCUGGCAGUGCUGCUACGAAAGCUCGUCCAACAUCGCAGCAAUCGCUUAAACCAACACACACCACCACGAAUAUGGGCUUCUACGUAUCGGACGAUGUAGGCGCUGGUGGUGAUACACACGCACCUGGUGCGAUACCCAUACACACGCAGUCGCAAAUGCUACAGAUGUGUUCGAUGCUGAAGUCGGAGUUCGUCGAUAUGAUGAUACCGCUUGCAAGCGACGGCGAAGGCAACGUCGGCAGAAUUACAUCUGCGCAAGCGCCGGCACCACGUUCACAUAAAUCAGUCAAGUGUAGCGGUAAAGCGUUGGCGAAUGAGGCUGAGAAUUUGGCUAAUCAUGAUCUAAUUGAAGCGCUUACCAAUUGCCUUUUCAAGUACAAUGCUGCUAUGAAAGAUUGCGGUAAAAAUGCCACCAGCCCAAGGGUCGCAACACCCAAAGGCGGAGAUCAAGAACCAAGAAACGGAAAUCCAGCAAGUCCCAUUACUCUCUACGCCGGUGAAUCGCCUUACGAGAAGUUGAAGCUGAAGAAAGCACAACAGCGCCUGCGAAAAGAAAGAGAGAAAGAGCAAAGACGUGCCGAACGUAAACUAGCACAAAAAGAAAUGGCUAAAGACGCCAGCAAUACAGCAGUCAAUGACUGGGAACAGGAUAACUCUGCAGAUGAAUUAAACACCGAUGACAACGAUUACGACUUACAAAUAGGAAAUCAGCAAGAAGCUGAAAUGGCUUAUAAAAAUCUGGAACCGCUCACUUCACCCUGUACACUAUGGAACAGUAACUUCAAAGAGACACCGCGUAAGAAAGAUCUACACAUUGAAGAGCUAAUUGCCGAACGAGAUCAAUUUCUGAAGCUCUGCAGUAAAAAUCGCUUCUACGCUAAUCCCAAUUUCAAUCAGCCAUGGCGCGUGUUUUCGAGACUAGCCACCAGACUAUCGAACGAUAUCAUCGGCGUCAUCGAGGAAGACUUUAGUAUUGGUGUUUCGAAGUUUGUGCAGGACUUUCUGGAUAACGAGACCAAGAUAUAGCAACGCUGCUUCCAGCACUUUACGCAUUGACAUAAGCUUCGUCAAUUUCGAUUUUAUAAUGUUUUAACUGCAUACAUACUAUAUAUUUUAGAAUAUUUUCCGUUCGUGGCGUUGCACCUGUGUGUAUGUUUUUUAUAUAUUGUAUGUAAAUGAUUCUCAAGUUUUACUAAUGAAAUUGUAGAGCAUAUUUUGGCAGAUUUUAUAUACGCAUGUACAGUUAGCACGGUAAAUAAUUUGAUAUUUUUUGCGAGCACGUCAAAGGUUAAGGCAGUUAAAUCCGAAGUGCAGUCUUUACUGCUUUCACCUUCGACAUGCCUGCGAAAACCGAUUUUUUACUGUGUAUGCAUGCGACAUAUGCUAAUUUAUAUGUAUAACAAGUAUAUAACAAUAUAACCUGUAUCAAUGCCAAAAUAGUUCAUGUAGAAAUUUGUUUACUAU